ACCUCCUCAUCACUAUAUCUCUUAUCCAUCUAUCCUAAUUGAACAAAAGACACUCGUGUCAAAAUGGGCUUCAGAGGAAUCCAGCUCGGCCUUCGGGUCUGGCAGUUCAUCUGGACACUGCUCGUCAUGGCUCUCAUCGGUAACAUGAUCGCCCAGUCGUUCGCGGGGAACCCCGCGACGAUCAACUACACUAUGUUCGUCGCGGCCUUCUCCAUGUUCACGCUCUUCUACCUCUUCCCAGCGUCUUGGAACAUAGACUGGGCCAUCCAUCCCAUCAUCCUGGUCACUCUCGACACUCUCAACAUGAUCUUCUUCCUUACAUCUGCAAUUGCCCUUGCGGCAAGACUCGAGUGCCACAGCUGCAGCAACCAGGAAUACAUCCUCAACAACGAAAUCACCAACGGCUCGCACAACCCUGAGAAGCGCUGCCGUGAGGCCCAGGCGUCCACUGCCUUCCUCUGGUUUGCGUGGGCUGGAUACGCCGCGUCAUGGGUUAUCUCGAUCCUGCAGUCGCGCCGUGCUGGCGCGAACCUGCGUCCUCGCGUUGGCCCUGCCCGCGGUGCCCGUCCUUCUAUGGCGCAGGUUUAAACUGCCAACGGUUAAGCUGCUGCGUGAUAAGCCAUACUUACGACGGCUGGUAUUAACUACUAACAACGCGAACCACAAUAUGACAAAGACAUAUACGGGAUGUAUCAUUCGGCUGGAUUCGGUUGCCGAGCAUAAUACGUUACCACGGAUAUGGUAACUAUAUUAAAUCUAAUACUAGUGAUGGGGGGAUGGGAGUUUCGGGUACGGUGGGUUGGAAAAUUGCGUCGGCAUCUCUUGGAUUUCUCUGCAUUCUAGUACGUCUGCGGCUCGGUACGUGUGCUCUUGUACAGUAUCUCGCCAUCGGAUCCGUUUCUCUUAUAUUUGCAGACUACGCUCAAAUUCACAUUGUUGAUUCUU